AAAGCACAACAAGCUGAUGGAGGUGAAAGAGGAACCUCAGUAUCAGAGAAGCGGACAUGAAUCUUUAAAUGGCUCACAGACGGUAAAGAGUUUGUCACGAAACAGAAGAUCUAAAUCCUCUCUCACCUGCCCUCAAUGUGGAAAGAGUUUCACGCAAACGAGUCACCUCAAGGCUCACAUAAGGACUCACACCGGAGAGAAGCCGUUCACCUGCCAUCAGUGUGGAAAGAGCUUCACACAGAAAGGAAACCUUAAGGAUCACGUACGGAUUCACACCGGAGAGAAACCCUUCACGUGCCAUCAGUGCGGGAUGAGCUUCACCUAUAAAAGAAGCCUGAGUGAUCACAUAGGCAUUCACACCGGAGCGAGUCCGUUCACCUGCCCGCAGUGUGGGAACAGAUUCACUCAUAAAAGUGACCUGAAGAGACACGGAAGGAUUCACACCGGAGAGCGGCCUCACACCUGUCACCGGUGUCCAAAGAGCUUCACUCGGAAAGAGCAUCUGAAGACGCACACAAGGAUCCACACCCAAGAAAACCCUUACAUCUGCUCUCAGUGUGGAAGGACCUUCAAACAUCUGAGUAACAUAACAAGACAUAUGACAGUCCAUACAGAGAUAAAACUGCACCACUGAUCACAGAAGGUCUCAUUUCAUCUAAAAUCUAAAUACAGCGAGUGCAUUUUUUAUUUUUUUAUAUAUCACUAACUUUAUUUUUAGAAAUCAUAUCUAGCAGUCUGUGAUUGAGAGAGAGA